AUGAGGGCUGAUUCACGCACUGACAGCAAUUAUGCCAGGAAAUCAACGUCGAUACUGAACGACUUGAAGGAAUAUAAACAAAUUAAGAAGGAUAACAAGAUAAAGAAUUACAGUCCAUACUUUAGCAACAUCCGCAAAUUCACCCCCGUCUAUACGGUAUUCACAAAUACCGCUCUCAACACCGAGCAACACGACUUGGAACUCUUCAAUCUUCCGAUAAGUGUGGUUGAAAAUUUGCGACCUUUCCAGGUGAUGAACAGGCCGGGGCAAGAGCUUUUCCGCGACGACAUGAUUUAUACCCGUCGUCUUCAAUUGGAAGAGAGGCAGCUAAAACAGGUCAAGGAGAAUAAACUCAGAUACAAAGAAGAUAUGAAGUUGGCUAAGAAGGGGCUGAAGAGGAUGCAGAUUAAUGCUGAGGAGUUUUUUGGAUUUAAAUAG